UCCCCGGACGUGUCGCUUUCCCCGUCAAGUUUCACUGAAAGAGUUUAUUUUUGCUUCCGGUAGCGCAAAGACCGGAAAGAUUCAAGAACAUCUCAAAAGGCAAACACUGGAAUCUGUGGAGCGCUGGGGAUUUAUGAGGCCUCGUUCAGGUGCUUUCCUAGUGGAUGGCAGAUUUAUGUUUCCAGUAGUCCAACCUUCUUCAGGCUCUUCGAUCGGCAAGAUCAGUAAGGUGAUCAAGUAUCAAUUUUAUCGUCGAUUUGGAUGAACAAUGGCUGCCAAAGAAAGUUCCAUACUUCCUGAGGGCCCGCGCGACGACGACGGGCGCCCGAAGAGGACAGGUACCUUAAGUAGCUGCAUCGCUCAUAUCCUCACCGCGGUCAUCGGAUCGGGAGUUCUGUCCUUAGCGUGGAGUAUCGCGCAACUAGGGUGGAUAGCGGGGCCGGUUUAUUUGCUUUGUUUAGCAGCCGUCACUUAUGUUUCCGCUUCCCUGCUGUCCGACUGCUACAGGUCCCCGGACCCAGUAACAGGCGCACGAAAUUACUCUUAUGGGGACGCUGUUAGAGUGAAUCUAGGUACAACACAGAUGUGGUUUUGUGGUUUCCUUCAGUAUCUGAGCAUGUAUGGUACGGGUAUCGCUUAUGUGAUAACCACGGCUACCAGCCUGAGGUCGAUUCAUAAAUCAGCCUGUCAUCAUAAAGAUGGGCAAGAGGGAUCGUGCGAGUAUGGGCAGGAGGUUUAUAUGCUGAUAUUCGGAGUAACUCAGAUCAUGAUGUCGCAGAUACGCGACUUUCACAAUAUAGUCUGGCUCUCGGUUCUUGCUGCAACGAUGUCCUUCUGCUACUCUUUCAUAGGAUUUGGACUAGGCAUCGCAAAAGUAGCAGAAAAUGGGAAAAUCCUAGGAAGCAUUGGCGGAGUCCCGGCCACCGAUCCUGCCAAGAAGACAUGGCUUGUGUUUCAAGCGAUGGGCGACAUUGCCUUUGCGUACCCAUACUCGCUUAUUCUUCUGGAGAUACAGGACACUCUGAAGUCUCCCCCGGCAGAGAACAAGACGAUGAAGAAGGCCUCAGCGAUAGCAAUUGUAAUCACCACCUUCUUCUACCUAUGCUGCGGUUGUUUCGGAUAUGCAGCCUUUGGCAACCUCACGCCGGGCAGUCUCUUGACGGGUUUCGAGUCCUUCCACCCACACGCCCUCAUCGAUUUCGCCAAUGCUUGCAUUAUCCUCCACCUUUUGGGAGGCUACCAGCUAUACAGCCAGCCAAUCUUUGCGACCUUGGAGAAAUGGUUCAGGAAUAAAUUCCUGAACAGUGACUUUGUGAACAGGUUCUACAGAGUAAGGAUUCCGAUGUUGCCGGCUCUUCAGUUGAAUCUCUUCAGGCUGUGUUUCCGCACGGCGUACGUGAUAUCCACAGUCGGUAUCGCGCUCGUCUUCCCUUACUUCAACUCGGUCCUGGGAGUGCUGGGGGCGUUGAACUUCUGGCCCCUGGCAAUAUACUUUCCGGUGGAAAUGUACUUCCGGCAGAAGAACAUCGAGCCUUGGACACGGAAAUGGAUCAUCCUCGGGAUACUCAGCUCCAUCUGUUUUCUGGUGUCCGUCGUCGGAUUAAUAGGGUCUGUCCAAAAUCUAGUUAGUGCAAAGUUAGGGCAUAAAUAG